ACCAACAUGGGGAUCAGAUCCAAGUAGCACCAUGCAGUUCUAACAUCAUGACUGAGUGAGAGACAGGAACAAUAAUAAUCAUCAUACAAUAAUCUGAUCUAUCAAGAGUCACUGUGUGGAUUCCCCCCUGUGCCAUCGCUUAGCGAGUCUGCGUUUCCCGAUCUAUACUCCGAGACAAUGUGAUUGUUUCUGGCUGGCCCUGUGCUUGUAUGUGUGCGUGCUUUAGAAAGCUCUACGGGGGAAGUGCAUCACUCCCAAUCUUCUCCGGAUGAUGGACAGGAACUACCCGACUUCCAGCUUUACAGACCCGCUGGCUUCACCAGCACAGACCGCAGCUUGGGCCUACGAGCGCAGCACCGCAAGCAUCAAGCCUAGUUUGAGCUAUGGAGCUACGCAUCCUGAAACAGAGCUUCUCCACAGACAGACCUAUGCUGCUUCCCAUCAGCUCCCUUCAUAUGCUGCUGCACAUCAUGCCACAGGACUGUCGGGAAUAUUUGACACAGGUUUGCACACUGCUGGCAGUAACACUACUGAAACAUCAGUCAUGAAUUUCCUCUCUGCUAUCGAGUCCCGGAACCAACAGGCUGGACCAGCAGCAGCCGCCCUGCUCCCACAGUUCAGGACUCCAUCCUGGCAGACAGGCAUGCAUUCAUCGGCGGCUACAGAGCUGUUUGUUACCGGAGCAAUACCAGCUUCAGGAACGUUUCCCCCAACAUCAGCUCUCUCUGCCUAUCAGCAUCCCAACACGUUCACCACAAGGAACUUUGCCACUACUCCAUCUCUGACACUUCAGGAUGCAGCUUUUAGCCCCUCGUCUAAUGGCCUGUUGUCCCCCCACGAUCCUUUGCUGCAGAUCAAGUCAACCCAGGGCACUGUCCCGACUGCUUUGGCAUUUGACCGCAUUGGGAGCACUGUAUUGAGUACCAGCCUCCCACCACAGUCCUCAACAUAUCGUUCAGCCCAAGAAUCGGCCCCUCAUCUUUUGCAACCUCAGUUCAGUUUGCUACCCUCGUCCUUGGGAGGAGCACAGCAGGCGACUCAACCUUACAGCACAUCGGUCUUCACAGGUUCAGCCACUUCCAUCGAAAGAGCACUUCAGCGGGAAUGUAGUGUUAUCAAGCACCAUCAGAGGCCUUCUAGUACCCAGUCAGUUCAGGCACAGUUGUCCAGCACUCAGCAUUCUUUGCAAGGUUACCUAACCAGUGGAAGCGAAGUCGCUUUCCAGGAUCCGUCAAGGCAAUCAGCCAUGCCCUGCAGCCCAAUCGGAGACACUACUCAGGUGAGCAAUGGAGGACCACAGCAAAAGACAUCUCAAGCCACACUGGAGCAAACUCAGGCAUAUCCAUCAUCCAUCCCUUCCCCAGGAUUUUCAUCUGCAUCCAACACAAAAGCAAAAGACUGUUCUACAAAGCACACCCAGCCCUCCUCAAAGACCUCUAAAUCCCAAAGUGUAUCUCCUGAUGUUCAGCCUCAGAGUUACCCCUCCCCUGUGCAGAAACAGAGUACAGUAAUAGCCAGCCAGCCACAGGUCUACACCUCUGCACAGCUGCCUAGCUUAAUGUCUGUAAGCCAGUCGCAAAACUACGUGACUUCACAGGCCAUGUCCAGUAGCGUCAGCCACUCACAGGUUUAUUCUUCCAGUCAGUCAGAGAAGUUGCCUUCUUUAUAUAAAACUCUUACUUCUUUCUCUGGCCAAUCAGAAAACCUGACUUCUGCGAGUCAGACGCUUAGUUACUCUUCCAGUCAGCAGCAGGUGUUGUCUACAGUUGGACAUAAUGAAGAAUACGUGGUUCAGGCACAGGAUCUGUGCUCGGUUAACCCAUCUCAAAGCUAUUCUUCCAGCCACUCUCAGGGUAUGCCUACUGUGAGCUAUUCUGCACAGUCCCAGGGUCUUUCGUCCGUUAGCCCCUCACAGAGCUAUGCUUCAGGACAAUCACUUACUCUGACCUCACAGUCCCUCUCCUUCUCUUCCACUCGUGCCCAAAAUUUGCCAGCCUCGAGCCCUACCCAGAACUAUAUGCUAAUGCAUUCUUCGCCCAGCAGCCAGACAAAAAACGGAUCACCGCCACAAUCUCAGAAGUACCUGCCUCCAGUCCAGUCGCCUAGUUUUACAUCCUCCUCCCAUUCCCAGGCCUUACCGAACAACAGACCAUCAGCUGACCUAAAGCCAUCCUAUGGUAAAAGAAAAUCAGACUCAAAUUUGUUUGUCCCCUCUAAGCAGGAAGAAGAUGAAUUUCCCAUUCAGGACCUGCAGGCUUUGCAGCAGGCCUCUCUUGAGGCUUCAGCCCAGACACUUGCAGAAAGCGCAAUAGGAGACCAAACUACACCAUAUAUUGUCUCAAAGACAGAUGACCGGUACAAUUCACAGAGUGUAAUCCGGAGUAAUUCACGGCCUGAAGAUCAGAUGGUUGGCCUUACACUUCAGGAAUCUAAAAAAGGAGAUAGGAUGACUUCAAUGAGCCACCAUGGGCAACAUAUUGUAGGUGCCAACAAUCGAGUAAGUCAAGACAUUAAGAAAAAUUCAAAUUUAACACAACCGGCACACAUUACCAUAAGUGCUGAAGAUUUAAAGCAGCACUCAUUGUUGCAUAAGGUACCAGACUCCAGAUCACAGAACCAUCAGGCACAAGUUAUCAGUGCUCAGCAACAACAACAGGGUCAGAAUCAUGCCACACGACAAGCCCAACACAUACGUCUGCCAAGUGCUCAGGUGCUUCUGGAGCCCUCCCGAGAUUUGCAGAUGAUUUUUCUCCAACAGUCUUUACUGCACUCGGGCAUUGAUCCUUCUAAGAUAUCAUCCCAGAUGCAGCAGAUUCCAGCCCAAUAUCUACAGAUGGAUGAUCAGAUUAUUAACUCCAAUGGUGGGCCAAAUCAGUCACACCAGAUUCUUUCUCCCAGCUCAGAGGUCUUGAAGAUGGAUGUUACAGAGUCUUCAAAAUCGCUACAGCAGCAUUUGUCUCCAAAAGAUAAUUAUAGCCAACCAAGUCAGCAUGAAUCUAAGCACCACUUUGCUCUCAGUUCCAUCUGUUUUCCCGAUUCAAUGUUGCUGGCAGAUGAGAGGAACAUCCUUUCCAACGUGGACGAUAUUUUAGCUGCCACUGCUGCAGCAUGUGGGGUUACUCCUCAGGAUUUUGUCAAACCAAACUCCUCAGAAGGUGAAAUCCCUUCGCUUGCAAGCCCAGCUGACUCAAAGACUCCUUUUCAGGUUGUCGAGGCAAGGCAUGUUUCUCCCAGUUUCACCUCCCAGCAUUCUGGUGUUGCCAACCCACAGAAUAUGAGCAUGGCUCUAAAUGGUGGGCAGUUAAAUAUGGGUAUGCACUCAGUGUCAGCGGUGCAGCCCAAGGCUUCAGGCCUUGAGCACCAGGGGCUGCAAGAUUCAAACAUACAGCCUGGGUUGACCGCUCCAUCAGCUAACUCUAGGCACGAGGUUGGCGAUAGGAAUGUGUCAUCUGUACAAAAGUCAAGAGGCACGAACCACGAGUCAGAAGAGGAAAAUGAGGAUGUGCCCGAUGAUGAGGCUCUGAACCAUAACGAUCCUGACUUCAUUCCCAGUGGCAGGAGCAUAAGCGAUGAAAGUGCUGCAUCAGAAAAUGAAUUUAAUUUAGCCAAUGAGGAGUAUGACCCUACUGGGCUCCUGAACAAGGCAAAAUCACAGAUGGAGCAAAGGGGCAAAGCUCAGGUACAGCCUCGAGGGCGAAUGAACAGCAAGAAUGAUGAGACGAUACUGGAGUUUUCUCCCGACGGGCUUCCAAAGAAAAAAAACAAGACUAAGGGGUCAGGGAAGCCGACCGCAGAGGAUGAAAACGGCAACGCGAAGCCGAUGAAACGAAGCGGCCAGGGCAAGCGACAGAACUCCAGGGGAAGCGACACCAAUUCGCCUUCCACCUCCGACAGCUGCUAUGACAGCUACCAGCACCAGGAGAGAAUACGACAAAAAAUUCGGGAGGUUGAGGAAAAGCAGCCAGAGGUCAAAACUGGAUUCAUAGGUUCAUUUUUAGACUUUUUAAAAUCGGGACCUAAGCAGCAGUUUUCGUCUCCUCCGAUACGAAUGCCCAAUCGCACAAGAAAGCCACCUGUGGCUUCCAUACGGCCCCCUUAUCCUCUUCCCUUGCCUGUGAAGCCUCAGCCUCUAGCAACACCGUUGAUUUCUCCAGAGCCUGAUAGCAUAAGUCCUUCCAAGAGACUUGAUGAUGAGCUCAAGAAGAACUUGGAAACACUGCCGUCGUUUUCCUCUGACGAAGAUGACUCUGUUGGAAAGAACCAGGACCUUCAGAAGAGCAUAUCCUCUGCGCUUUCUGCAUUGGAUGAGCCCUCUGAGAAAAAGAUCAAGUCAGAAGCUGCAGAGACGAAUCUUCUAGGUGCUGUAAUAAAGCAAGAACAAUCUCCAAGUAUGCCUUCCUCCGUCUUCAAGUCCCAGGAACCUCCAGCUGCCGCAACUGAAUCGCCAACACAAGAUGAGCUUCAGGACGUUCCCUCUGACCAGCUAGCGGUCAAACUGACAUCGGUGGCUAUUGAGGGCUUGACGGACGAAGAUCAGUCAGACAGCGGAGGGGAGGGAAUGUACAGGGAGCGAGAUGAAUUUGUUGUGAAGAUUGAGGAUAUCGAAUGCCUAAAGAUAACACUAAGAGCAGGAAGGGAGCCACCAGCCAUUUGGAAGGUGCAAAAGGCGUUGCUGCAGAAAUUUGUACCUGAACUGAGAGACGGAAACCGAGUUUUUUCAGCCACCAAUAGUUAUCUUGGGUACUUUGGAGAUGCAAAAACCAAGUAUAGGAGAGUGUACGUGAAGUUUAUUGACACUGUGAAUAAGAGAGAGUACGUCAGGGUCUGCAACAGAAAGCCAAGGUGCAAACCAAUGCAUUCAGUGAGGGGCGGCCAGUCCAAAUCGGUGCUCAGCAGCAGAUCGGUUUCUGCCCCGGCCUCCGAUCAAGCGGCCCCCAAGCCCACCUCGAGCAAAGGCUCCGCGGCCAAGCCCAAGGCAAAACAGCCGAAGGUCAAGGCGGAGCCGCCACCCAAAAAGCGGAAAAAAUGGAAGGAGGAGUUUUCCUCAUCCCCCUCCGAGUCUUCUCCUGAAGCCGUCAGCGAAGACGACGAGUUUACUCCUCCAGUUCCCUUCGCUACUCGUUUUUUGAACACCAGGACCAUGAAAGAGACUUUCAAAAGCUAUGUGGAGCUGUUAAUCAGUGUCGCGCUGGACGCUGAUAUGAUGGAAGCACUGGAAAAAGAGAGCGAUGAACUGCUUCUUCCACACAUGAAAAGAGUUGAUGGUAUGAUCACUGAUAACAGAAGGAGACUGCUUCCCAAACUUCGAGUUGGACAGCUGUUCAAGAAUGCAUUGGACAGCUUUCCAGAAUUAUCAGUAGUAACGGACAUGAAAAAGGAUGGAGAAACUUCUUCAUUUAAAGUCCGAUUAAGUGGGAAAGCUUACAACAAGAAAACUCUUAGGCCAACCAAAACCUCCAGCAAAUUACCACUAGUAAGUCAUGUACAGUUUACUAAAGAAUAUACUGUGGACAAGGAAAAAACCCACUGGUUUUCAUUAUACCAUUCACUCCAACAUUACAAAUAUCACACGUACCUUAUGUGUAAAGAUGAGAUUGCAGCGCUUCAGAAACAGAGCGAGGAGGAUCUGGGGCAGGAGGAGACUGUACAGCUCUGUAUGAAAAAUGCUAGAUGGGUAGAAAGUCUCUUUGAAAAGUUUGGUGAACUUCUGACACAAGUACAGCAGACCUGUUUAUAGCAGGACGGGGGGGUGGGUGGAAGAGAACUUGGUUGUUCUUUCGAAGUCACGUUUUAAAAUAAACACUUGUGAAGCACUAAUGAUGUACAAUACAGAUAUAAUGAAAUGUAAUGUUGGCAUUCUGCAAUGCCAGGCAAGCUCUUAUAAGUGGGCAUUUUCGCUUCAAUAAUGGAUAUGCUGCACAUGGUGCUGAAGAACAGAGUUUGCCGUUGCUCUGUUUAAUAUGAGAAGUCAUGUAUUUUAUGCUGGCCAACAUUUUUGAAAAAAUAAAUUUUCUACUUUGUAAUCCUUUUUCGGUAACAUGCUUUUUUUGUAGGACAUGUGUGACAGAUCAAGUGGCAAAACAAGCCCUAGGUAUGAACCGAUUUACUAGCAUAGGAAUCAAAACACUUUAAAUCAGAAAAGAAACGCUUUAAUAUUUUUUUGCCUCUAGACAGUCAUUAAGAAAUAAUUAUAAAAUGGUGGGGGUAAUUAUAUACAGUAUAAAUAUAUAUUAAAACAUCCAUUUCUAUAAUGGAGCGCCAAAUUUAUAUAGAAUAUUGUAAAUUUUGUAAAGAGAGCCAGUGUGUCAUUACAUUCUUUUAAAGAAAGAAAUUGACAUAAUAUAGAAAACAACUUUUUUGCUUUAAAGACUCCUUUUAUUAUAACAAUGGUUAUAAGUCUGAACACGGAGUUGGUGCAAUCCUAAUACUGCUUUUUGUGACAUAUUUUAUUGUAAUGAAAUGCAAUGACCUUAACUAUUUUCUCUGUUUGAAUAAAAGCGAAAAGAAUUUGCCUUUAUACUGUUUUCUUUACAAAUGUACAUUUUAUCUCACUAAUAGUUGUAUUUUUCACAGAAGAAAAUAUUGUGGUUGAAUUUGUUUCAUGUAUCUUUGUAAUACACUUUUCAUGGAUUCAAGAAAAAAAUCCCUAUACAUUUAUAUGUUGAUUACAUAUUGUAUACUAUAUAUCUUGAGGUAAUCGCCUUUCUUUGUUAAUACAAGUUUGCUUCAAUGUUAACCAGAAUAUGCAUACAGUAUUUGACUAGUUUUGCUUUUCAAGUGUAGCUGUGUUACACACUGCAAUUAUUUUCUGAUACAUGAAAAUAAAUUUCCUACUAAACGAGGA